CCAGCAACCACCAGCGACCAACCACGCUAGCUCAACGACACGUCUAACGUUAAAAGACAAACGUUUAAUCAAGAACUAGAGCAAGAUUUCGUAAUUCAGAACUAGAAAGACAUAAUGUCGUCGUUUCCUUGGGUUCGGUUUACGGGUAUGACUGCUGUCUUCAUGGGAGUGGGCUACAUCCUUAUGAAAGUAACGACGCCGACCGAGGAGCAGCUGUACAAUCAAAUGGCUCCUGAUCUGAGACGCAAAGUGGAUGCCGCUCGUGAAGCCCGUCUAGCUCGAGAAGCCGAAAUGAAGAAACAAGUGAAUGCCCAGAUCAGCAAUGACGAGAACCCGGAAGCGGCCAAGCCGAUAUGGGCUAGCCGACCGGGAGAUCCAAAGCAAUGAGGCGGCUAUUGGGAUGUCGACUCUGUUGCCCCUGUGGAAGUUAUUGGUACCAUCCAGUAGCGCGUUCGGCAUGGUCUUCUGCCAUAGGCCUCGUGAACGGGUUGGGAGUCUGGUCAACUCGUGCCCGUCAUUCACUCACAAUUGGAGAAAAACGGAUAUGGAUUCGUAAUCCCUUUUCUUUUUGCCUUGUUAUGCUUCAGUCACCUGAGCUAGGUAUCUUUUACCGUAUUUCUUUUUGCUUGUACUAUCUAGCCCGAUAGUUGAUUCUUUUUACUCUGGG